AUGACAAAGCUUACACUACUUGCAGGCUUAUGCCUGGUGCUGUGUCAGCUUGGCUCUGCCACUGACAUGGUGUGCUAUUUCACCAACUGGUCCCAGUACAGGCCCGGUGAAGGGAAGUUCCUGCCCCAAAACGUGGAUCCCUUCCUCUGCACCCACCUGAUCUAUGCCUUCUCCGUCAUCAACCAUGCCAACGAGCUGGUAACCUACGAGUGGAAUGACGAUGUGCUCUAUAAGGCCUUCAAUGCCCUCAAGAAUAAGAAUCCUCAUCUCAAGACUCUGUUGGCUGUUGGUGGAUGGAAUUUCGGCUCUUCACAGUUCGCCAUCAUGGUGUCCACUCAAGCCAACCGUCAGAAGUUCAUCCAGUCUACUAUCAAAUUCCUGAGGACCCAUGGCUUUGAUGGUCUGGACCUGGACUGGGAGUACCCAGGAGCACGUGGAAGCCCCCCAGAAGAUAAGCAGAGGUUCACUCUGCUGUGCAGGGAACUUGUACAAGCCUAUGAAGCAGAGGCCAGGGAAACAGGUCGAACUCAGCUCUUGUUAACUGCUGCAGUGGCAGCUGGAAAGGGAACCAUUGAUAGUGGAUAUGAGAUCGCUGAGAUCGCAAAAGAGCUAGAUUUCAUCAAUGUGAUGACCUAUGAUUUCCAUGGAACAUGGGACUCUUUCACUGGACACAACAGUCCACUGUACCGUGGUUCUAAGGACGAAGGGGACCUCAUUUACUUCAACACUGACUUUGCCAUGAAAUACUGGAGAGACAAUGGCACUCCAGUGGAGAAGCUGAGGAUGGGCUUUGCCGCUUAUGGUCGUACUUUCCGCUUGACCUCCUCUGACACCAGUGUAGGAGCUCCAGUCAGUGGUGCUGCUUCAGCUGGAUCAUACACCCGUGAGGCUGGAUUCUGGUCCUACUAUGAGAUCUGCACUUUUCUGCAAGGCGCAGAGAUCCAGUGGAUUGAAGACCAACUGGUACCAUAUGCCUACAAAAACAAUGAGUGGGUUGGAUUUGACACCAGGGAGAGCUAUGACAUUAAGGUGCGCUAUCUGCAAGAGCAAAGGUUUGGAGGGGCUUUUGUGUGGUCUUUAGAUCUGGAUGACUUUGCAGGACGUUUCUGUGGACAGGGCGCCCACCCUCUGAUCUCUCAUCUUCGCGACCUUCUUAACAUUGAGCUGCCCCCACUGCCCCCUACCACCACUCGUGACCCCAGUAUCUCUACCACCACCCCCACCACCCCCACCACCACCACCACCACCACCCAUGCCCCAGGAUCGGGCUUCUGCAAUGGUAAACCUGACGGCCUCUACGCCAACCCCGAUGAUAACAACAGCUUCUACUCGUGCGCCGCAGGCACCACUCACGUCAAUAGGUGUGGUGCUGGCACUGUCUACAACGCCAGUUGCAAGUGCUGUGACUGGCCAAAAUAA